AUGUUGCUUGCCGCAACGAUGACUUUCUCCAUGGUUUUGGCGAGUCGUGCCCGGCAGUUCAUCAAGAAAGUUCUCUCCGACAUCUCGAUAACAGAGCAAGAGCAACAGCCGCAACCAAGUCAGUCCACUACUACAGCCGCCGGCGCGAGCUCAAAUGCAAGCUCAAGUGCGAGCUCAAGUGCGAGCUCAAGUGCGAGCUCAAGUGCAAGCUCAAGUACAAGUGAUGCGGUAAAAGAAUCAACAAGGCAUAGCUCAAGUAGGCGGAUGAGAUUUCGCAAAAUGCAAAGGAAACUGAAGAAAGGGAACGAUGAAGACGAGAAAACCGAAUUUGAGAAGGUAGCUGUACCAACACGUCCUGCGCGAAGUAAGCUGCGGAGGAAAAGUGCAUUGAAAUGGAAGGAUGAAAGCGAACAUGCUGAAAAACAUCGCGAAUCAAGCGAUAAUAGGGUAAUGAAGAAAAAAAAACGCAAAAAGAAGCACGGCCAUAAAAAGCGAAAAGGGGCGAAAAAGAAAAGGAUUCAGAAAGGCAAUUUCGAGAAGGCCGAAGCAGAGCAUCCAGGCAGUCCACAAAAUUCAGAUAAAUUAUUCCGUGCUGUGCGAAGAACGGAUCAUUCCUCAAGUUCCUCAUCUGCUGCUGGUGGAGAGAGCGCAGAAGUGUCCAGGAAAACGGAAAAGGAGGAAACCUCUCCAACAUCGCCACCACCGUCUUCGAAAGCGGGGAUUGCCACAAAUCGUGCGAGCGAUAUCAAUGAGGAUAGCAGUGCAUCCUCAGAUCAAAUGUCUUCAGCCAGUGAGGAGUCAUCUUCAGCUUCCACAGCUGGCAAAGAAGCUGGAACUGAAUCAGAAUAUGAAGGUGGUCCACAGGCCAAAAAGGAGGAGGCAACCACAAAAAAAGAAGGACCAGCAAAGAAAGAAGAGGUAACGGUAAAAAAGGACGAAGUUCCCGCAAAGGAGGAAUCCUCGGUAAAGAAGCCAGUGCCAACAAAAGAGGACGAAGUUCCCGUAAAGGAGGAGUCCAAGGAAGAAUCUUUAGUGAAAAAGCCAGUACCGGCAAAAAAGGACGAAGUCCCCGAAAAGGAAGAAGCCAUGGUAAAGAAGCAAGAACCGGCAAAAGAGGACGAAGCCCCUGUAAAGGAGGAACCCUUGGCAACGAAGCCAGAACCAGCAAAAGAAGACGAAGCGCUCGUAAAGGAGGAAUCUUCGAUAAAGAAGCCAGAACCGGCAAAAGACGACGAAGCCCCCGAAAAAGAGGAAUCCUCGGUAAAGAAGCCGGGACCGACAAAAGAGGACGAAGCCCCCGAAAGGGAGGAACCCUCGGUGAAGAAGCCAGUAGCUGCUGAAGAAGCAACCACUAAACCGGAACCGCCGGCGGAAUCUUCACCGGAAGAGUCUUCACCGCCUGACCACUCCUUACCGGUGAUAGAAUAUAGCUUCGUGAUGAUGCAGGGCAAAGGUUCGGCCGAGUACGUCCCAACAGAAGCAGCAAGUGCUCACAAAGGGUUGAACUCAAAUUCAGCGGUACCAGUACCGGCGUCAGCAUCUACAACAACAGCCAAAAGCAUCAGCGGCGAGAGUAGCUUGGGCAGCGCAGCUAGUCAUUCAUAUGUGCUUGAUGACGAUGACGAGCCAAUUAUACUAUCGGGGCCCGCAUGCCAAGUGCUAGAAAUUAUCCAGAAGAAGGGAAUAUUUAAAAGUUUUGUCAUAUCUGAACACGACAAAGAGCUGAUUCGGUUGUACUUCGCUAAUAAAGCUGGAGCCCGAGAAAAGGAAGCGCACCGUGCAGCCCAAAAAGCCGUUGAUUUAGCAAUCACGAGGGUCAAGAGCGUCGGGCUCCCCGACAAUCUUCAUGAUUUCCUCUCUGUGAAUCGGAACAACGCAGUCGGCUUGAUGAUGGACGCAAUGAAAUAUCGGAAGAAGGACUUUUUGCCCGACUUCUGGGACCUGGAGCGGACAACGAAAAAAUAA